AAAGACAAGAGAGAGACAUGGGCGCCAUUGCUGGAACCUGACGGGAGGGAGGAGGAGGAGGAACCACAAGAGCCAUGACCCGCCACUGGCCUCUCUCUGAUGGACUCCGACGGUUUCUUCGAAUUUGACGCCUCGUUACCGCCUGAAGAUGGGGCGGUGGAGGGAGGGCAUGAGGAUGAGGAGUAUGACGCCCUCAACGAUGAAACAUUUGGCUCAGCGGCGGUGGUGGACGGUGACUGGGAGGAGAGCCACCAGCACCUGGCCUCCAUCACCGAGGCCAACCGGCACUCCAGCAAGCUCCAGAAUGAGAGUGCACUUUUAAAUGAGUUACAACAGUUGGGGCUGGGGAAUGUGGGGGGCUAUGAUGGCCCCACCAGUGCUCCCAUCUCUAUUAGGGGGUACCAAGGAGGGCCCCACAUUGGCUCUUCCCUCCUGGGUGGUCCGGAUCUGCCAGGGUCUCCGUCCAACAGCAUCUGGACCCCUUCUCCUGGUGUGGACAGGCUGCAGCCAAUGGGCACACCUCCUUCAGUUGGCAGCCUGCCUUCCUCAGCCCCACUUGGCUUGCCCUCGGUGAAGACUGUGGCUGAGCUGGAGCAGGAGAUGAAGCUGCAGUCAGCCAGGACACAGCCGUCCCUCCCACUCCAGCCAGCGCUGAGAGCUGAAGAUCUAGAGAAGGAGUUGGCCCGACACUCAGUUACCAAGGGUCCCAACCAGGGUCCACAGUCCCAUCACUGGCCUUCCUUCCAGCGACCACCGGGCCUCAACCAAGAGUCUACUCUCCCAGCAAACAUGUACCAGUGGCAAAUGCAGCAGCAACAACAGUUUUCACAAAGACAACAGCAACAGCAGCAGCAGCACCCUCGCUUCAUGAACACGUUCUCUGGAGGCAGUGGAGGUGGUGGUAGUGGUGGCAACAACAAAAGUGUUUUCAGUCAACCACAUGCCAUGCAGUCUGGCCCAGGAGGCUCCCAGCACCACCCCUCACACACCCACCACAACCAUGAAGGCAGCUCCAACAACUUCAUCCAUCCCCACGGCCCCCCACACCCUCCCCACCACCACCACCAUCAACAGCAGCAGCAGCAGCCACACAGCCAACACCACAGUAACCAACAGCAGUCUCAGCAGCAGCAGCAACAACACCAUCACCACCACAACAACCCCCCUCCCUCUUCCCACCAUCCCCACCACCAACACCACCAUUUACAGCAACAGCACCACCACAACUAUAAUAACAGUAAUAAUAAUAACAGCUUUAACAAUCAACACCAUCACCACCAUCAGCAACACCACCACCAACACCAGUCCCACCACCCUCCACACCACCACCACCACCACUCGCACCACCAGCCACCAGGGUACAGCUACCACCACAAUAACCGAGGGCAGGACGGUAAUUACUUUAACCACAAUGGCUCGGAGUCGCAGGGACGUGGGUCGUAUGAGCGCUGGGGAUACGACCGACGCCCAUAUGACCAAAGGGGAGGGCAGUAUGAACGCAAGGGUUGGGAUGAUCACAGCUCCCAGCACCCCAGCCGCACCAGGCGAGACAGUGAGGCUGAAUGGGAGGAGUGGCACCGCUGCCGAGAGCAGGAUGAGUACAGCUGUCUCAUGACCCCAAGGGAGAAGGGCUGGCUCAAGCACAUCCAGGCCAUGCAGCUCCACUCUGACACACCCUACAGAGAUGACUACUAUUAUGUGAUGCACAGUGUGAAACAGCAACGCAAGAGGGAGGAGGAAGUAAUAGAAAUUGAUGGACUCCAGCUCCUGCUGCCAGACCGUGGGAAGGAUGGUGCCUCUGGCCGUGAGUAUGAGCCUCCCCAUCUUGAGAAUUCUCUUGGCAAGCUGCAAGUAGUGAGUGUCAAUGCCCCAAGGAAGAUCAUUGACCUUCAGGUGGUGCAUCUGGAUCCUUCACACCCAACCACCUCCAUGCAACGAGAGAUGAGGAGACACAGGCACCUCCUCCUUUACGUUGAAAAGCUGUUCAACAAAAUGAUGGAGCUGGAUGACCUGGAACGCCGGAUCCGCCACCUGCCUGACUGCCCCACUCGAGACAUGUUCCGAUCCAAGUCCCGGACGCUAGCAGCACGCCUCUGGGCCAACUUGAAUGCCACCCCAGAUCGCCUCCUGCAGGUCCUGUGCAUUCGCAAGGGAAAGAGUCUGGUGAGUCGCUUGCUUGGCUGGCUUGGAGAGGGAGACCAGGAACACCUGGUAGUGACAUUGCUGCAGAACAUGACACUGCUGUCUCGCAAAGAUGCCCAUGACCAACAUUUAGCCCUUCUCUGGCCUGCCACUGAUCGCCUGGUGGCCACGGCUGCCCCUAAUCGUCUUCUAGAGUUGGCUGCUGCUUUCAACAACAAUUCUUCAGCCCAGGUCCCCUCCCAGAAGACAAACCUGGCAGCAGCUCUCUACAACAAGUAUGGUGUGAGCCUGGUGCUUGCCCUUUUGGUGCGUGGAGAGCAGGUCCAUGCCAUGCUGGUGGACUCCAAUGUCUGGCAGGAAUUUCUCUCAGCCAUCAUCACAGCCUUGGCUACCACCUCAUCUUCUCCUGCCAACGAGGGUGCCAUUCCCAAGACCACAACCUCCUCAUCUGCUGACUCCAACAAGAAUGAAAUGGCAGCGGCUCUUCCAUCAGUAGCCCUGGCUGCUUCACCCUGCCGGCCUGGCCAGCACCUGGCUCGCUGUGUGGGUGUGGAAGCCAGCCUCCUGAAGGCCGCCCAGGACAAAAUGGCUCAAAUGGAGGCCAUCCACUCCAAAGCUUCUCGGAGUCAGAGUCCAACAAAGUCUUAAUUCUUGCUACUUAGGAUGGAGAGCGAGAGACAGUUUUCAGGCUUUUAAUUAACUUAAACAAGAUGGAUGUAGCUGUUCAGCCAAAAUCCCUUUUUCCUCUGCGCCUUGCUGUUCAUGGUUUAGUUACAGUGCUAUAUAUAUGUUUUGUGUUUUGAACAUUUCAGAAUGUUUGGUACUCAAGAAAUUACUUUUGUUGCAGAUUUGCCUCUUCAGAAAUGGUGAGACUGUUGGGUGUUUUUUCAGAGUUAAUGAAGGGUGGAGCAACCACCUUAAAACUGCACAAUGUGCUAAAAUCCAGGCUGAAUCUAGCAUCAUUUCUUCACUGUAGGAUGACUGGUGCUGCAUCCCCAGUGCAAACCUGCACAACCAGACUUGUAGUUUAUUUAAGAAAUUUCAUGAAGUAAUGACAGUAGUAAUAAUAAUAAUCAGGUGGGAUUCACAAUUGAGACAAGGGUGAGUGUAAGUGCCAUUAUGCUUUGCCCAAUGGAGGCACUGUCAUUAUGUUAUUUCAUUGUGUUUGUGGGGGCAUAUUGUGAUGCAGAUUGACUCGUUUGUGUGGCAGAUGAUGCAUUGAGCCAGUCCUGUGCUAGGGAAAUGUGUCGCCCAGAGACUUGGAUUGCAGCACUGCUCACCACAGCCAGUAAUAACUAAGUUCUUAGUUAAAUUAACAAGGUUGUUAUUUAAUUUUCUCUUGCUGCUAUUCUGUCAAGAUGAUACUGUUUAGCCUCCAUACAUACAAUAUUUAUCUUUUUCUUACAUAGCUAUGGCAGGCACUUGCAAUGCUACUUGAAGCUCUUCUCUUAGUUUAUAAUUUAACACAUGUCUGAUCAUUGCGUUGUGUAUUUAAGAUCUGUGCAGCAAAGACCAAAACAGCAGCACGGCAGUCAGCCGGCAUACCUCCUCUCCUCUCCUCCUGCUCCCUCCUGCAAUUUUGUUCAAUAAUUUAAACAUCUGAUGUACAUUUUUAUAUAUGGUUCUCAAGAGUCCUUGUUUCUAUGAGGUCCGGAGGAGUGAUGCAGGUUAUUUGUAUAGAGCUGUUGUUAGUCUGUGGGGCGGUAUUGGUUAAGCCCAGGCCAUAUUUGUUUAAGGCCUUCCAACACAGACCUCCCCGGCCCUCAUCCCCACAUUAUUUGACAUUUUUUAAAAUAAAACAUCAGAUGAAGUACUAA